UCUCGGUGAUUCGGUGCAGGUUGGUGAAAUGUUGAUGAGAUGUUGGUUUGAACUCGACCGAUGCUCUCGUUUGUUAAAGUUGCUUCAUGUGAAGAAACUUCCUGUUCGGAGUGAACGCUGAGGAACUUCCUGCAGAAACAGUUUGAGUUUAUUACAGAUGUUGUGACUCAGCUGCUCGUUCUGUCUCCUCCUCUGCAGACGUCGGGGUCAUGACCUCCACAUCUGUCAGCUGGUGUGAGGAGUCGUUCACAGAGUGGAGGACAUCUGUCCCCUCGGCCACAGGGACGGUCCCCCUGCAGGCUCCAGCUGCUUCAAGAUCGAUUCCACUUCUUCUUCUGUCGCCACCCGACACCGCCGGAGGAGGAACGACCACAUUUCUCCAUCCGCCUCCACAUCUGGAUUCCUGCCCCCCCCAGUCCACCCCACACUCCAGCUCUGCUCCACUCAACAGUGACGAGGAUGAUGAGGAUGAUGAAGAUGAAGAUGAUGGUGAUGGAGGCAGAGCGGAGAGCGUCAGGGACGACUCGUCUCCUCUGGAUCCAGACGUCCAGAGCUUCCUCCUCCUGAGGAGCAGUCCCGUCGUCUCCAGACGCCACAGGCCCGUCUCGUGGCACGGGGGAGGAGCCUCCUCAUCCUGCUCGUCUCCUGGUUCUCUGGAUCAGCCUGCACGUCCCACACUCAGGACGAAGGAGGACUGUCCUCUCUCGUCUUCGCUCCAGGACAAGAAGCAGCGCUGCGUCUCAUCUCAUCUGAACCAUUUUCUGACCUCGCUCUUCCACCUCCCCUCCAGCGGACAGCAGGGAUUGGCUGGGGAGCAGAGAGGGCGGCGCCCAACCAGCUGUGAUGGCCCUCCCACAUCAGGCCUCUCUACCAAACACAACAGACACAACAGACACAGCAGUGGUUUCCCAGAAUUCUCUGCAGACAUCUUGAAAAUGAGCUGUGAUCUAGAAAAGGAAAACUCUCAUUUCGUGGUGGUGGACCUGGUGCUGGAGGCUCUGGAAGCUGUGAAGUGGACUCUGAGCGACGAGCGACGCACGACAGACACACACACACAGCACGACAACAGACAGAGGAACACACACAGACGCACACAUGAAGACGAGCGUGGACCAAAGAGCUUCGUCUCCACUGACCGUGGAUCUGCAGACGCUGGAGGAGACGUGACGCUGACGCUCCGAAGUGCGGAGUGGCUGGCCCAGCGGCUGGUGCUGGAGUUCAGGAGGAGCUGGCUUCCCUCCCGUGAGCCUCGGCGUGGACGGAGAAGCCUCCGCAGCUCGCUUCAGGAAUUACCGGGCACAGGAAGCGUGGUGGCGAGCGGCGGCAGCCUGACGGAGGAGAUCAGACUGAGGACCAGGAUGAGAGGCUCCCAGAGCUGGGCUCCUCCUCGUCUCCAGAUCAUCUUCACCGUUCACCCGACGCUCAGACGCAGUGAAGUCGUGGCCUCACAACACUUCCUGUGUGCAGGAUGUGGGACGAAGGUGGAGCCCAGAUACAUGAAGAAACUGAGGUACUGUGAAUACCUGGGCAGGUAUUUCUGUGACUGUUGUCACGGCGGCUCGGAGGCUGUGAUUCCUGCUCGAGUUCUGUCCUGCUGGGAUUUUAACAGAUUCCCUGUGAGUAAUUUCUCCAAACAGCUGCUGGACUCAGUUUGGUUCCUGCCUCUGUUCGAGCCGAGCUGCGUCAGUAAGAAGCUCAGCGGCCGGGGGAGGGGCCUGCAGAGGUUCAGUGAGUUGCUGGAUCAGCUGUUUAGCGUCAGGAAGCUGCUGAAAACCUGUCGAUUAUCUGAAAGGGUGAUGACUGAGUUCGAGCAGCUUCCCGCUAACCUCGUCCUCCAGCAGCCGCCCCUCCUCUCCAUGGACGACCUCCUGAGGCUGAGGAAGGGUCAGCUCGGGGCGCAGGUCAAAGCCGUGGUGCACGCCGCCAUCGCUCACGUCGAGGAGUGCGAGCUUUGUCUGGCUCGAGGUUUCAUCUGUGAAUUCUGCAGAGAAGGAAACGUCAUCUUUCCCUUUCAGAGCGACACGUGCAGCCGAUGUCCAGUUUGCAGGACCUGUUUUCACAAACACUGUUUCGUGGAGAAGAAAUGUCCGAAAUGUUCACGGAUCCAGUCUCGGAGGAAACAACCCGAUGGAUCCAUGAAGAGUGAGAACUGAACGGCUGCAGCCUCAUUCCUGUGAAACACUGUUGAACUGGACGUGUGAAUAAUAAUGUUUAUUAAUGAUAAUAAAUCUAAAC